ACUCCCCGUGGACGGUGGCCGGCACUGGCUGCGAUCAAACCGAUCCUAAGUCAGCAGUUACGGAAAGCGCAGUUCAGUAAGGCAGGAAGUCGAAGUCGCGACUGCGAUCAAAACUUUCAAACAUAAAUAGCAGACGUACAGUCGGCAGUACAGACUUUGUGACUUCUCCUGCACAUUUAAUAGCGUACAGCUUCUAGCGAUGGACAAGCUUCGUCGUGUGUUAAGCGGCCAUGAGGACAAUGAAGAGUUGGGUCUCACUGAUCAGGUCCUUGAUGCCAGCACUCUCAGCUACAGCACCAGGGUGAAAUGGUUUGUCAUAUGCUUUGCUGGAGGCAUCCUGUGUUCAAUACUCGGUUCAGCACUGCUGUUCCUUCCAAAUGGACUCAAGCUUUUCGCCGUCUUCUACACACUAGGGAACGUCGCAGCACUUUCCAGCACCUGCUUCCUAAUGGGACCACUAAAACAGCUGAAGCGCAUGUUUGAUCCAAAAAGACUGAUAGCCACCAUUGUCAUGCUGCUCUGCCUUGUCUUAACUCUUUGUGCAGUGUUUUGGUGGCAUAAAAAGGGGCUUGCUAUCAUCUUCUGUAUUCUGCAGUUUUUGGCAAUGACAUGGUAUAGCAUCUCUUACAUUCCAUUUGCCAGGGAUGCUGUGAUGAAAUGCUUCACAACCUGUGUGGGCAGUUAGGACGCCUUAGUCCACAAUUUGUGAAGACUUGUCCUAAAAUGCAAACUGUAAGAACAGUAUCUCUGUAAAAUAUACAUCUUUGUUGUUUA